AUGAUGGAUGAAGAUAUGGACUCCACCGUAGAACGCUGUGCUGCUUUGCUGAUUUCGGACGACGCAGACCAGGUCCAGAGCGCUGUUAAUCUCUUGAAGAGCGUCUAUGCGUCUGGAGAUGGAGGGGUGGACACAUUUGCUACAAUUGUCCAAGAGAUUGCUGAAUGUCAGGGAGGCAGUGUUUUGUGGCAACUUCUGCUGCUAACGCUGGGCCAAUCUUACGCGGAAGUUCUGGAGAAAGGAUUCAACCACUUUCACUCCUCCACCCUGGCGCUUGCGCUGCUUACAUCGAGCAAAGUCGUUGUGGAGAGCUAUUUGAGGGAGGGGUUCGGUACAGACGAGAAGGAGAAUGCUCGGGAGAUCUUGACGCGGCUGGUUCGGCAGACUGUCGGAAUUGCGCGCAUGCAGUUUCAAGAGAACAAGGUAUCCAGGGCUUUCGGCACUCUAGUGAUCGUUCCUUCGUUGGAAUGCCUGGCCAACUUUGCACGGAGAUCCAAGGUCUUCCGAGACGCCAUCAAGGAGUGCGCUGAAAAUGGCAGCAUCUUCGACCAGUACAAAACCCUUCUUUCAGCUGAGACUCUUGCAGCUGUGUCGCCUGCCAGCCAAACCGUGAGGGUCCGGUUUCACCUUGCCAGUAUAGCUGUAUCUCUGGCAUUCUCAGCGGACAGUCAGAUGUGGGCCAUUGACAUGGGCCUCCUCAAGCUGUUAGCGGCAAUCUACGAAGCAACACCUCUGCGGGAGCUUUCGAAACGGUCCAAGCGGCACAAGUCUCCCGCAUUCCGCUGCAACAAAAUCCUGCUCCGCUUGCUCGACUCGGACGCGACGGCGGAGAAGCUGCUCGCGCACAACGCGCUCUCGGGUUUCCGGCCCCACAGGCGGAAGAUCAACGGCGCGGAACCGGAGUUCGUUGCUUGGGCAUUCUAUCAGCGGAGGUUCCAGGGCGAAAAAAUACCUAUAGGCACCGUAAUGUCCGCUGAGGACUGGAAACUGGCAGAGCAAGCCUGGAACGGAGAUCUCCAGGUCCCUGUUAUGUGCUCGUGGAGGCUGUGCGCGGCCGAGCGGGAGCCGGUGGUGGGGAAGGGGUUCAGCAAGUGCGGGCGCUGCCAUACUGCGCGAUACUGCAGCAAGGAGCACCAGAAGCUGCACUGGCGGACGCACAAAGUCCACUGCGAGGCAAACCAGGCGACCGCGAAGGAAGGGGUCUCAGUAGAGCCGGGCGCGUCAAACUAA